GAGCACUACAGCGACCUUGUAAACAUUUAGUUCAGUCAGAGCGGCAAGACCCACACGCUUGGUUCUACCACAGCGAUACGUUAAGAUGUGUCACGCUGAGAAGCAAAGAGUCAUGUCCUUUCUACCAGUUUUGAAACUGACAACAUCGGAGACAUUUUGCUUGGGAAAUGACGACUGCGUGUGAAGGCGCGAUCACUGGGCCGAUAUACAGUGUUGAGUUCGGACCGCAGGCUCAGCAGGUGAAAGGUGUACGCGUUCAUUAAAUACUUUUGUUUCCACCUACCAUUAUUUACGGACACUGUGUCCCCUAAAGACGUAGCACACACUCACACACCCGACACCUGGAUGUAGUCGUUGUUCAAACCUCUGGCAGAUUUUUUUUUACUUCUUUCCUUUUUACACCGAAUGGAAACCUAGACAAUGAACCACGGUUUUCUUAUUGUGUUUCGGACCCUUGUCACUGUGCUGCUUUUUGACGGCACCUCUUUUAUAGCAUUUAGAGCUACACUUACACAAAGUGUUAACAGCAGAGUGAUUGUACAGCAUAAGAGGGUGUGGACUACAGCUUUACCUGUGGAAGACUUCAGCACUGACAUAAGGACAGAGACACACAGCCAAGAUGAUAUUCUGAGGGUCGCACCAACAAUAACUCACUCUGCUCACUCAGUGGCAGGUCGUAGCAGAGGAGUUAAGCCACUGGGGAAGACGAGACCUUUUGUGAUCAUGGAUGGACGCAGAAGGAGCCUGAGAAACAUUUUACAGAAUGGUCACCCAGACAGACUGCUGUGUGGGCUGCAAGUGGGAGACAGUCUCCUUCUGCUGGACCUGGAAAAGAACCAAGAGCUGUUGCGUAAGCCGCCUAAUGUCUUCUAUUACUUGCCAAAUGGAAUUGGGGUGUCCAUGGAGGAGAGCCAGGUGGCUCAGUGUUACUAUCAUGGCAAUGUGAGAGGGUUCUCCCAGUCCCGUGUGGCUGUCAGCACCUGCGAUGGUUUACGGGGAGUGAUUGUAAUCAAUGAAAGUUUGAGUUUUGAACUGCUACCAGAAAAAUGUGAUGAAUACCCAAGGAGAAGUGGUAGUUCAGAAGAAGAGGAGGACUUUCACAUGCUCUACCCAACCCAGCAGCUGAGCUCUGAAUCUGGGGGAUGUGGUGUUUCUCAUACCUUUAUUCCACCCAUUCAGAUUAUUCCACAAAUACACAGGACUAAAAGAGAUAUUCUUUUAGAGACCAAAUACAUUGAACUGGUGUUGGUGGUUGAUCGCAAGGAGUACCUAACCUAUCAGAACAACACUAUUAUUUAUCGCAUGCUGGAUGUGGCCAACCAGGUAGACUGGUUCUACCGGCCACUGAAUGUGCGAGUAGCCCUGGUGGGGCUGGAGAUCUGGAGUGAUCAAGAUAAAAUCCUGAUAGAUAAGAGCCCCAGUGACACACUCAGCCGUUUUUUGGACUGGAGGACUAGAGAGCUGCUGCCACGACUACGGCAUGACAAUGCACAACUAAUCAUGGGAGAGUCAUUUGAUGGUACAACAGUUGGCAUGGCCUCUCAGUCUUCAAUGUGCACCAAAGACAGAUCUGGAGGAGUUAAUGUGGAUCACCUGGUAAGUGUGCUGGGGGUUGCAUCCACAGUGGCACAUGAGCUUGGCCAUAACCUGGGCAUGAACCAUGACACAGCCGAGCGUAGCUGUCAGUGCCCGAAUGAACGGCGCCUUGGGGGAUGCAUCAUGGAGCCGUCUACAGGGUUUAUGCCCGGUCAGCUGUUUAGCAGCUGUAGUGAGAAAGAUCUCUCUCUGAGCCUGAUGCAUGGUGGUGGUAUGUGUCUUUUUAACGUGCCUCAGCCAGAAAAGAUGCUGGGAGGACCACGCUGUGGCAACCUGUAUGUGGAGAAGGGAGAGGAGUGUGAUUGUGGCUUACUUGAUGAAUGUUUUGAUCCAUGUUGUAAUGCAAGCACCUGUAAGCUAGUUCCAGAUGCCCAGUGUUCCUCUGAUGGCAUUUGCUGUGAGAACUGCAAACUGCGUGUUGCUGGAUCAUUGUGCCGAGAGCCUCUGGGUGAAUGUGAUCUACCAGAGUACUGCACCGGUUCCUCCCCACACUGCCCACCUAAUGUCUUUCUUCAAAAUGGUGAGACAUGUCAGCAUGGCACCUCUUACUGCUACAGCGGAGUGUGCACCACUAUAGAUGAGCAGUGUCAUAUGCUGUGGGGAGCCAACUCCAGCCGUGCUCCUACAGUCUGCUUCUCCUCUGUUAACAAACAGGGCAACAUGUUCGGCAACUGUGGCCAGAUGCCCAAUGGUACUUAUAUACCUUGCUUAAAUGGUGAUGUGCAGUGUGGUAGAAUCCAGUGUCAGGGUGGCAGUGAUCGCCCCCUGAUAGAUGCAAAUGCAAAGAUUCUAACAACCAAGGUAAAACUGAACCACAGUGAAUUCACCUGUCGAGGAGCAUAUUUCCACUUGGGUGAUGAUGUCUCUGAUCCAGCCAUGGUAGCUCAGGGCACUGCAUGUGGUCUUGGCAAGGUUUGUUUAGACCAGCACUGUCAGGAUGUGUCUGUCCUUGGUGUUGAGGAGUGUCGUGAGAAGUGCUAUGGUCAUGGGGUGUGUAACAGCAAUAAGAAUUGUCACUGUGAUGUGGGCUGGGCGCCACCAGACUGUAAAUACUCAGGGACAGGAGGCAGUGUGGACAGUGGGCCUGCGCAACAGCCUAGAGAUUCCAAUCAUAUUCGUGUGGCCCUGCUUGUCAUCUUUUUGUUCGUGCUGCCAGUGAUACUACUAUUCCUGGCACUCCGCUUCCCUCGAUGCCGUCGAAGGAUCUUAUGUUUCAACAACACACCCUUCAGCAAGGCCAGACAGCCCAGCCGUAAUCUUUCUGUGGCUCAUUUUGAAAAUUGCAUGAAUCCACCAGAGGAACACUUUGAGAGAACCCCUGCUACUGAGCGAUUGAACGCACAUAAUGGAGAGCAGAUCUUGCCACUGAGGUACCAGUGGACCCCACAGAAUGACAUCCCACUCACACGAGCCAUUAGUAAGGCUCAGACAAGGCCUGCUCCUCCUACUAAACCUCUUCCACCUGACCCUGUCUCUAAACAGCCUGUGCAGUCGGCAGGGCAAAGGCCUGCCCCUCCCAACAAGCCCCUCCCUCCUGACCCUGCCCCCUCAGAGAGCAAGAUGCAGCGAAAGUUGAAGGUGACACGACCGGCUGCACCAAGCAAGCCUCUCCCCCCCGACCCUGUCCUGUCUGACAGACAGAGCCAGAAACAGAUUCCCCCCAGACCUCCAGUUCCCAGGAAGCCUUUGCCUGCAGACCCCUCUGGUUACCCUGCUCCUUUGCCACUGCUGCCCCCCUCUCAGCCAUCAGGACACCACACAGCUGCUGCUGCAUCUGACAUCUUCAGGCCUUCUGCUGCUGUUCCUGCAAGACGUCCCCUUGCACCCCCCAUUAGGGCAGCACAUCAGCCCAGGAAGUUCCACACACCUCCCCAAGUGUAAGCACUACAAUGCAGAUUCUGUGUGCUGUGGCCUGGUAUUGUGCUGAAGAUUGAUGCUGUUCUAAGUGCACUGACCAAGAGGAACUCUGCACAGUGGAAACAAUGGCAUGCACUUGAGCAAAUUUGUCUAAAUGGAGUUUUUACAACAUGUCUAAAGUUCUUUUUAACAACAAACACAAAAUGAUUAUUCAGUCAAUAAUUCAGUUAUAAAGAAGAAAACCUCAGACAAUUCAGAUUGUCUGAUCAAGUCAUCUGUUAUCUGCUAAACAGAGUUUUUUAUUUCUGUGUGCCAUUGGAAGCUACAAUACAUUGGUAAUAAGUGUAGGUUUAACAUGGGUUAAGAACCAAUGUUCUGCAGUAAAAGGGCUAGAAACCUACCCUGAUCUUCCAGCCAAUAACUAAGGAUUUGGCACACCACUUGAUUUGGCAGUAGCUAUGAACUACUGAUUCAGAAAUGACCCACAAGGUUUGUUGAUAGUCUCUUGAAGCACUACGAUUACCAUGAGCAAGCUACUUAAUAUGUUUGUGUCUUAGGAAAGUUUAAUUCUGUUAAUUUUGUCAUGUUAAUGCAGGAUAUGUAAAGAGGAUUGAACUUAUUGUACUGUGGAGCCCAGGCUUUUCUAUGAGGCACUUAUCUCAGUGUAUAAAUCUCACAUGUCUAUCAUUCGAGACACUAUGGUCAUUCAUUUUUGAAGCAGGAAAUAAUUUGAUGCUGCUGGUCUGGACUCUUUGCCUUUUGUAAAUAAUGAAAUUGUGUUGGGGAUAUCAUUGUUUAUUUUGCAAAAUACAGUAUUUUUAUGCAAUAAACAAGGAACAAGUUUUUAAAAAA